AUGGGCCGCAGAAAGAUCGACAUCAAACCCAUAAAGGACGAACGGAAUCGUUCAGUCACCUUUCUGAAGAGGAAGGGUGGCCUGUUCAAGAAGGCGUAUGAACUGUCCGUUCUGUGCUCCGUCGAUGUUGCAGUAGUCAUCUUUAGCAACAACAAGAAGUUACAUCAGUUUUCCUCGCGCGACAUGCGCGAGAUGCUCCAACGGUGGACCCUGCACGGCGAGCCAAACGAGUACAAAAUCCCCUCCGAUUUCAACGGCGGCGCCGACGAUGACGACGACGAGGAAGACAAUGCCACGCCACCGCAACACGAGGGCAUGGACGCCCAAAUGUUCCAUCCCCAGUUCCAAGCCCAGCCCCAGUUUCCGGGCGUCCGUCACCAGACCCCUUCUGCCUCACCACCAAUUCCUAACGGCGUCUUCGGGCCGCGCGGGCAUACCCCGCAACCCCAGAUGGGCUCCCGCCCGUCGUCACGAAACGACAUUCGCCGCUUGGGACCUAAUAUGGUGAGCCAGUCUGUCGGGCCAGCCGGGUCUCAGCCUGGCGCGGUCAACGGGUUCACAUACAUGCCGCAGCCGAACAUGUACAACGCCCAGAAUCCUCACAACCUGCCUCAGAACGUCCCUCACGGGCCGCCACAACCACAUUCACAAUUUCCCUACCCUCAACAGCCACAGCCGCAGCAUCAGAUGCAGCCAUACGUGGACGAGCAGCGGCGAGCGUCGGGUCCUGCCCCUUUCCCUCACCAACAACAACAGGUCGCACAACCAGGACGCCAUUCUAUUUCUCCGCCACAACCUUCGCCUGCACAGCUACCCCAACAACCCGUCCCGCAUAUGUCGCCGCGCCCGCAGCCACAACACCAGCAGCAGCAACAGCAUCAACAGCAUCAACAGCAACAACAACAUCAACAACAACACCAGCAGCAACACCAGCAGCAGCAGCCGCCGCAAGCCCACCCCAUGCAAAGCCCACCACAACCACAACAACACCUACCACCCCCACCGCCGCCUCCCCAACCUCAAGAGAUACCCCACAUCUUCGUCCCGCCUCAAGACUCUCAGCCACCAUCAUCAGGAUCCGCAGCCGCCCCUGCCCCCAUGGAACCACGGCCACGGCCAGAACUGGUAGAUCGGGCGCGGCAGCCCCUUUUGCUGGAUACCAACAUCAAGAAGCAGGCCCCUCGCAAGGGAGGCAGCAUAUUCACGCCUAUUGACGAGAACCGGUCGAUUCUUUCGCAACAUCUUGCGGCUUUCCAUCACCCGGAAAGCAAGUCCGAUGUGAACAGGUCACAGUCUAUUGACGGUACGGGUGUGUCAAGGGGCAGCAACCCAAAUUCACCCCCCUCGCUUCCGCGCGUGAGCACACAACUCCAACAGCCACAAAUCAAGCGGAACGGUUCAUUGGGGACGAUCCCAGAGACCGUUUUCACCCCGCCCUCGCGUUCCAACAGUUUGCGCGUUGGCGGUAGCCUCUCGGCACGCCCACAGCUCAAGGUGCAGAUUCCCAACGGAGGGUCUGACGGCGGCAGCGCCACGAACGAGUCGGCUUCCCCGCACGGUACUUUGACUACCGCAACGGACGUGACUUCACAACCCUCGCGGCGCCCGACGGACUCGCACUCCUCGGGGGUUGUCCUACCUCCCCCCUCCCCUUCCGCCUCCAACAACCUGCUCUCCGCAGGUGCUACUGGGCCCCCGAAUCCCUUUGCUCGUCCUCCUCCGCAUCAAAGUUCCAACCACAACAUCGACACUCCCGUGUCCGCCUUACCAUCUCGCUUCCUUGGUGAAGGCUUGCUGCCCAGCCCCAACGGAUUCUACGCGGACUGGAGCAUCAAGGGGAACGAACACAACACCCUUAGCCCGCUGACGUGGUCGACGCCUGUCGUUGGGACGGGUCCAUCCUUCUUGAGAGAUGACCUUGCACCGCUAAAGCGAAAGAGCCCUGACCUCAACAAUGGGACCCAUGGGGCUGGGAGUGGUGAGACGGUGGGGAACGAGCCGAAGAGGCUCAAGAUUGAGCACUAA